AUGAAUUCCCACAUUUUUGAAAUUCAACCCUCGCAUAGGUUCGCCGGCUCCAACGCUGCAGAGAUUGCAUAUUUUUCUUAUGAUGACGAGCAUAAUUUUCGUCUCGACGAAUCAUCUCUUCGAUAUUAUUAUCCUCCAAGGCUUCCUACCGACCUAAAUGGAGGGUUCGAAAGUUUUGAAAAGCUAGAUGAUUCUCAAGAUGAACAUCUGGAUGCAUUGUUAGAUACCAUUAUUGACCUUGAGCAAAGGACGAAUGCAAAAUGCGAAGGGGAUGUAAUUACAUGGAGGGGUAUGAUGACCAAGUCAUUGGAAGUUUCCUUAAAUGCAUACGAUGAAUUUAUCGAAGAAAACAAUGAGUAUAAAAACAACCAGAAACAGGUACAGAAAGGGCAAAGAAUGCCACCUGGUGCCCCGUCCCAGGAAUUGAUGAUGUAUUGGGGAUAUAAAUUUGAAGCAUUGUCCCUCAUCGACCAGCCAUGGGAUAAGACGUCUCGCGAAACAAUUGAGUCCCGUGAAGAAAAGGUAGUAAAUAAUAGCUCUCAAUACUGUUCCGUUGUUCGUACAGGAAUAGGAAAUAACAAGUUAAUUCUUGGCGGAGAGGUUGAUGCAGUAUGGGAUUGUAAACCCGAACGGAAAGAGGACCCUAUUAACUGGGUUGAAUUAAAAACAACUGCAGAGAUUCGGAGUGACAGAGAUAUCUUGAAGUACGAGCGGAAGUUGUUAAAGUUCUGGGCUCAAUCGUUCCUCCUUGGGGUCCCAAAAAUAAUCGUCGGAUUUCGAGAUGAGCACGGAAUUCUACGCCGACUCGAGGAGAUGACCACCCACGAGAUACCAGGGUCCGUUAAGAGACAUGGAAGAAAUUCUUGGGAUGGCAACAUAUGCAUCAAUUUUACCGCUCAAUUACUAGAUUGGUUACGGAAUAUAAUUAGCACAGAAGGUGUAUGGAGGAUUAGGAAGAGAGAGAAGGCACCGGUUAUUGAAGUGUUCAAACUCGAAGACACAGGUUAUGGAGGAAUUCUGUCGGAUGCGUUCAUGAAUUGGCGAUCUCAAAAAUAA